CCCCUAGCAGAUCGAAAGAGUUUCCCUCUCGCCCCUCGGCCGAACAACAAGCCACUGACUUCUCGUCAGUCGACGUUGAAGACUGCUACGUACAUACGUGUAUAUGCCGACACAAUUCGGUGUUGGCUGCUGCUCGCAACAACCCGUUCAUCGUACGAUCUAUCUGCACGAUAUAUCAAAGGAAAAAAGUGCCGUGCGGACAGAGGAGAGAAAGAAAGAGAGAAGGAGAAAGAGGGGGCUCGUGGCACGUCGGGGAGAGUUCAAGGUGCUGUACAAUUUUGCGCUAGGCUGUUUCUCCACGAGAAAUCUUCAGCCGACGCGACCGAAAGGAAUAAGCAGGAUUGACAGUGAGUGUCGUAGCUUUGACACGAAGCGAAGAAUUACUUAUAUUCGCAAUGUCGCGCGAUUUUGUGUAGAUUCAAGAAACCGGACAAUUGUACAAAAUUGUACGUAAUUCAACGUAUCACCAGACACUUCAUCUACAAUCGAUCAACAAGAAAUCACGUGGAGAAAACGAUACACCACCGAUCGGAAAGCGGAGAAUUCUCAUACACGUGCAGUUGUUUAUUUACGACACUUACCUAAACUGACCGAAACGUGUUGCGCAUUCAGAUCGAUCGAUCGGUAACGAAAGAUGCUAAUAGGAUAUGCCUGUUUCUUGAACGCGACUCAGAAUUAAAUUUCUGCCAGAAAAGAGCCGUACCUGUAUAAGUCCUAGAUCGCGGACGUUCGCGAUCUCGUUCAACGUGGUUCGGUGACCGAUCACGCGCGCGCGGGCGUGUUCUCUUCGCCUCGAAGAAGAACAAGAAGCGGUGACGGAUAGAGUAGGGCAGAAGGAAAGGAAGAAGGACGCUGAAGGAGAAGGAGAAUUGAAAGAAAACGAAAAGAGGGAGGCACGCCGCAUGGACACAGCAGUACGACGAUCGUGUGUCUGUUUCGUUUAGUUUCAUUUCAUUUUAUCGUUUUUCGAGCCUGAACGUGGUAGAUGAGGACUCACAGAAGUUUCAGUUGAUACAAUUUUUUCUCCGUGUUUCUUUCUUGUAUUCUAUUUUUUUUCUUUUUUCUUUUGUUUUCUUUUCGUUCGUGAACGAUUCUACCACGUGGGAUUAGUUGUGCGAAGGAGGACGCGCGAGACUUACGAGGAUUUUGUAAACAACUGGUGGAUUUAUAAGUUUAAUAGAACGAAAGAAUCAUGUAUAAGUUACUUGGAGGUCUUGGACAAUAUUUAAAAUGGCAGGAUAUAACGACGGAUUCGAUGGUGUUUCGGUUACACAACCGCUUCACAACAGUGCUGCUUUUCACGUGUUCAAUGGUGAUCACGGCUACCCAAUACGUUGGCAAUCCUAUUUCGUGUAUCGUUCAGGGUUUACCCACGCACCCUAUCAAUACUUAUUGCUGGAUAACUUCUACGUUUACUAUGCCGGACGCAUUUAAUCGGCAGGUCGGUGUAGAGGUGGCGCAUCCAGGAGUGGCGAACGACUUCGGCGAUGUGGAUGCAAGGAAAUAUUAUACUUACUACCAAUGGGUGUGCUUCAUGUUGUUCUUCCAGGCAGUAUUAUGCUACGUUCCACAAUGGUUGUGGAACAUGUGCGAAGGCGGUUUGAUCAACACGUUGGUUAUGGGUAUGAAUCAUAGUCUCGAUUGCGAGGAGAACAUUCAAAAGAAAAAAUCAAUGCUAAUGGUUUACCUGAUGCAGUAUAGAAAGACACACAACACGUAUGUAUAUCGGUACUUCGGCUGCGAGGUUCUCUGUUUCAUCAACAUCUUCCUUCAACUGUGCCUGAUGAAUCAGUUCUUUGACGGCGAGUUCCUCAGUUAUGGUCUGCGAGUACUCUCACUAUCUGACGUUCCUCAGGAGGAACGUGUUGAUCCUAUGGUCUACAUUUUUCCACGCGUCACUAAAUGCAUAUUCCACAAAUAUGGCGCGUCAGGAACAAUACAGAAGCACGAUUCGCUAUGUAUUCUCCCGUUGAACAUCGUGAAUGAAAAGACGUAUAUUUUUAUCUGGUUCUGGUUUACAAUCCUGUUGAUUUUACUCUUGGGCCUAAUAGUCUACAGAGCUGCCAUAAUCUUUGCCCCAGCAAUCAGACCAAGAUUGCUUCAACUAUCUUCAAGACUUCCCUCUAUUGAAACCUGCUCCAGCAUCAGCAAGAAGAUUGAUCUGGGUGACUGGUGGCUUCUCUACAUCCUCUCUUCUAACAUGGACUCAUUAAUAUACAGGGACUUCCUCCAAGAGCUCACAAAAAAAAUGAGCGACACACAUUCAGUCGCUGCUUAAAUUCAGAUUUUCAUAUUUUAUAAUUAUGAUUGAAAAAACACUGAUUAAAAGAUAACAGUUAUGGACUGAUUUAUUGAUUGGUCAUUAGGACAUAGGCAAAUAAUAUACUGAUCUAUGUCUCCAUCUGGAAAUGAUGAAGCGUUAAGAGAAUUUAUAGAGAUAUUUUCCUAACUAGCGCCUAGAAAAACAAUUACUAUGUACGACUGACGUAAUAAAUACGGUGAAGACAUUCUUGAUGCCGCGUUAAAGUGACCACUUUAGGAUCUCCGUGUGUGUGCGUGUGUGUUUGUGUGUGCUAUUGCGCGUGUAUGUAGGUGUGGAUGAUGUGUUUCGUGCACACGCACGCGAAUCAUUAUUUUUUAACGAUUAGAUCCUGAGAGAGAAUUGUUCUACAUCUCUUUAUUUAGUGUUCGUUCUCCAAAGCAAACAAAGCUAUUUUAUUUGUUCGAGAAGUAUUGCUCAAAGCAAAUUGUUUCUACAUAGGAUAUCGUGAGGACUUACUGUACGAGGAUAUCUUUUACUAUACAACAUAUUUUUGUCAUGAGAUCAUUCUGAUAUUUUUCUAAUGUAUCGAUCUUGUGAUUAUAACGACAUAUGUUACUGCAUGUUGUAAAAGACGCUAUUAUGAUACAUUCCCAUAUAAUGUAUUCAAAUCCAUUCCUUUAGUUCUUUAUUUUCUUUCAACAAAGAUUUUUUUCUUUUUUAAUAUGAGUAUAUUGAAUUUUUAAACGUACAUUUUACGUUAAAAUACAAAUGGGGAUAAGUUUUCAAUGUGAUCAAGUAAUUACAAUACUAGAUAAUAAUUUUUGUAUGGUUAAUGCAAGUAUAUAACAUAUUCCUCGAAUUGGGUCGUAUGUCAUAUUUUAGUAGCGUUUCAGAAAAAUGCAAUAUUUUUUAACUACAAAAGAGUACUAAGGAGAUGGAUCUUCAAAUGUUAUUAUAAAUUUGUUAUAAUUUUGUCCAUUUCUGUGAAUGUAAAAGGCGCAUGUUGUCUAUACAUUCUGUAUAUCGAACGACUAUCUACCCAUUUAUAUUCCAUCGACAGGAAUUGUCGAAGAAGAUUUUUAUUAAAUGUUAUAAAUUUUCAAGCAGAUUAUACCUUCCAUUAUGCUUUAACCAAUUUCUAUGUCCUAGUAUAUUAAUGUAUAAGCAUUAAGCAAAUUGUACCAUAUAUAUUACAUGUAUUUCCUAUUGGAAAAUCAGAAACGAUAAACAAAAAGACGAACCGAAUUUUUACGGUACUACUUUAGACGAUUAAUAGGUGAAUAAUGAGAGAAGUAAAGAUUGAUACAAAUGGAUAAUAUUUUAUACAAUUUUACGAUUUAUAUUUAACUGCUGCAGCGAUAUUGUAUCAAAUGAAAAUAUUCAUAUAGUAAGUA